AUGAGUUGAUCCAAAUCAAUUUUGACAUCCUGAUGUACGACUUGCCGUGCAAGUACUUGAAGAUCGGCGUUUGGGAUCGAUUUGGAGAAGAAAAAAUCAACAGCACUGAUCAGUUUCAUUACAUCCCUGUGGAUCACAAGGGCCAGUACAAGGGCAUGGCCUACAGCAAAGAGGAGAUUGCCCUCUUGGAACAGGCGGAUCUGAAUUCAGAUGUCUCUGAUGCCGAGAAGAAAGAACUGGACGCGGAUUGGUCCUCCUCCAGUGACAACUUCAAGCACCAGGACUUUCAUGCAGCCGUGACUUUCCAUGACUUCACCUUGGU